GGCGGAGAGAGGCAGGAGAGCACUGCUGACCGCUGACCACUGCCCGGCUGCUCCUCCCGUCUCCCUCCCUCCUUCCUGCCUCCCUCCCUCUCCCCCUCCCUCCCAGGGCUGGCACCACAGUCCCACCCCGCCUUCUCGGGUCCUCCCAGCCUCUGCACGUAAGCCCCCCCCCACCUGCCUCCUCUCUCCCUCCCCUCCCCCACCCGCAUCUUCCUCCCCCUCCGGUACCCUCUCCCUGUCUGUCCUCUUACCAAGUCCUUUCCUCCUGCCUCGCUGCCAGCCCUCCGGCCAGCUUCCUCCCGCUCCCUUUCCCGGACCCUCCCUCUACCCAGUCUCUCCCCAUUUCCCCAGUCUCAUUUAACUCCCUUUCUCCCUUCCACUGGUCUGACUCGCCUGCCCCAUCCCGUCCCCGCCCUGUCCUCUUUGUGCCCCUUUUUCUUUUUCUUCCUCCCUCCCUGGCUUGGUGUCCCUUCCCCACCUCUAACUCCCUUCAGCUUGGCCUCCCUGUCCCCUCGCGGCCACCAGCCUCCCUGCCCGUGGCCUGAGCCACCAUGCUGACCCCGAUGGUGGCUGGGGGGGUGGUAUUCCCCGGACUCUUCCUCCUCUCCAAGAACACGCUCCAGCGGCUGCCCCAGCUGCGCUGGGAGGAGGCUGAUGCGGUCAUUGUCUCAGCCAGGCUAGUGUCCUCUGUCCAAGCGGUCAUGGCCUCCACCGCUGGCUACAUCGUCUCCACCUCCUGCAAGCAUGUCAUUGAUGACCAACACUGGCUUUCCUCUGCCUACACGCAAUUCGCCGUGCCCUAUUUCAUCUACGACAUCUAUGCCAUGUUCCUCUGCCACUGGCACAAGCACCAGGUCAAGGGGCACGGAGGGGAUGAAGGGGGGCCCAGAGCCCCGGGCAGUACCUGGGCCGUGGCGCGCGGCUACCUGCACAAGGAGUUCCUCAUGGUUCUCCACCACGCCGUCAUGGUGCUUGUGUGCUUCCCGCUGUCGGUGGUGUGGCGUCAGGGCAAGGGAGAUUUCUUUCUAGGCUGCUUGCUGAUGGCUGAGGUCAGCACCCCCUUCGUCUGCCUUGGCAAGAUCCUCAUCCAGUACAAGCAACAGCACACUGUGCUGCACAAGGUGAACGGGGCCCUGAUGCUGAUCAGCUUCCUGUGCUGCCGGGUGCUGCUCUUCCCCUACCUGUACUGGGCCUACGGGCGGCACGCCGGCCUGCCGCUGCUCGCCGUGCCCCUCGCCAUCCCGGCCCACAUCAACCUGGGCGCCGCGCUGCUCCUGGCCCCCCAGCUCUACUGGUUCUUCCUCAUCUGCCGCGGGGCCUGCCGCCUCUUCCGGCCCCGGGGCUCCCGACCGCCCUCUCCUUGUCAGACCCAGGACUGAGGGUGGGGCCCGGGGGUGGGGCGCUCCCCUGCCCCAUCCCACCCCCCACCU